AUGCUCAACAGUGAUAUAACUCUUCCUUCAAAUGUCGCUGUCGAUCUCGUCUUCCCCCGCAACGACACUUAUAACCCGGCUGACACGUUCCCCGUCGUCUUCGCUCUGCAAGGCGCCAGCGCGGCAUGGACUUUUGGAUUCUUCCUUGAAUGGCGCAUCCGGCGCGCCCAAGGUUGUGAGGGCGAAUGCGGCAUCGUGGACACGGGCCGCCUAUCAGUCGACCAAGGCGAAUUCGGCAGUGUGUCUUUUGGCAACAUCUUCAGUGUCGUGCCAGGGGCGAGCCCCAAUAUCCGGGAACAACUCGAAGACUGUCCAAUAUCUGGAGGUGUGAUAGGGGUCCAGGCGAACCUGGAUGGCUGCCCAAGCCUGGGUACAAAUGGGGUCGAGGCUGACCCUUGUGUCGUCGAAGUCCCGGACGAUGUCAUCUCCAACGUGGUUGCUCAGACGGCCGCCAGCGGAUCUCCAGAACAGCCCGGUGUCCCACCGAUACCUGGUGUUCCGCUGCCAGGUGGACCGCCUGGGGCGACUACUGUCAUCGGAUACCCGGGUGAUGAUGGAGGAACCCAGACAACCUCCGUGGGGAGCUCUGCCACAGUUCUCCCCUCAACUAUCGCUUCGCCAACUCCAGAUGACACCACGCCCACUCCAGCUGUUCCUACCACAGGCUGGGGCUCCACUUCUCCAUCUGGGAUCCGAUCGUCUGCUUCAGCGAGUGGUCAGACCAGCGCCUCACCGACAACUGUAGUGGUGAGUGAAUCGGCCAACGACAACAAGGAGAGACUCUGUCAGGUUGCUUUCGUUGCGAUGCUGUCAACGUUGGGCGUGUACAUGCUCUAG